AUGAUCACAUGUCCAACCAGACUUCACUCUCAUUAUAUUCUUAUCGGAUUGAAUGUUUUAUCAAGCGUACUACUUGAACUAAGGGCCUUCAGCCUACCUGAUCCCAAGGUUGACUUCCUUCCCAAUCAAACCCUUCCGAGUUAUGCACUCGAAUUCGCCCCCUACGUCUAUCUUCACUCUCAGGAAAUUUUUUAUCCUGCGGAUAUCAAAUCAUUUUUAACAAAUGUGGCACCAGAAGUUAAUUAUACGGUCAUCCCCCAAUUCCCAUCAGUCAUGGGCUCAAGUUCCGAAACAUAUCUUCACGCAGAUAAACUAGGACAAGGCCCAGAUCAGAGUAAAGUCUAUCUUACAUCACAAAGCGAUAUUUUCAAAGAGCCAAAAGAUCCCUGGCUGUACGGGGUCGGACCACCCGAUUCGACUGGGAAAUCAAAAGCUGCUGCCAUCAUCAUCGCAAUGGAUAAGUCACAACAGGUUGGACCAGGAUGGGUGGACGUGUUUUAUCUAUUUUUUUACGCAUAUAAUCAAGGCAACUAUUUCUAUAACAAUCGUUUCGGUGAUCACGUCGGUGACUGGGAACAUACAAUGAUCAGGUUUCGUGAUGGAAAACCAGUAUAUGUUGCCCCUGAGGCACACGGGGGAGAAGUCGUCUUGGGGAAUGGCGCUUUCAACUUUGAUGUCCUGGAGAAGAAAGACAACCGUCCAAUUAUGUAUCCAGAAGUCGGCAUUCAAAACUACACAGGCCUUCAAAUUCCCAUUUAUGAUGUCACAGACAAAGGCCAUCUGUGGGACUUGACACAAAAUUACCAAGCAUAUUACUACUCAAAUGAGGCCGGCUUCUCUUACACUGGUGAUACUCCUCAAGCAGCCCAAGACCCAAAUGGUCUUGGCUGGUUGGAAUUCUUGGGAUAUUGGGGUGAUCAAAAGUAUCCAAUAUCAAACCCACACCAGACAUGUAUCGGUUCUGAAUGCUUUUACGAUGAUGGGCCAUUAGGACCUCAAUCUAAAUCUUUAUCAAGAGGCUAUAUAUGUUCAUCUUCGGAUUGUAAACCUCAAGAACAUCUCCCCAGUAUCCUUCACACCUUAUCAUCUCCUUCUAAUUCUGCCAACAGCUCGGCAUCACAUCUUCUAACAGGAUUGAACACACUGUUCACAUUAUCUUCAUCCAUACUUAUUAUUAUACUUAUCAAUCAUACGGCGUUCUUGAUUUGA